GAUUGCUGACUCAGAGGAUGUUUUGGAGGAAGUGACAAGAGACUGAAAAGAAAAAGAAAUAGGCCCUCUUCAAGUAUACCUACAGGGAUUCCUCUUGCUUAAUACUUUAUCUUACUUUGGAAACACAGGUGGCUUACCUACAGUAUUGAAAGUAUAUAUUGCAUAUCAUUAAACAGACGUGCGUUCUGACAGCAACGUUACCACACCACUAACUAGCUAACGAACGUUAGGUUGUUGGGUGGGGGUGGGUCGUUUGUUUUUCAUCUAGUUAGACGAAAGGCUCACUUGGACAUUCCUUAAUAUUCCUUCCCUGUGUUUGGGUUGAUCAAGCUGUGUCACAAUGACGUCUAGGAAGAAAGUACUACUCAAAGUCAUCAUCCUGGGAGACUCUGGAGUUGGGAAGACGUCGCUGAUGAACCAGUAUGUGAAUAAGAAGUUCAGUAACCAGUACAAAGCCACAAUAGGAGCUGAUUUCCUAACGAAAGAAGUGAUGGUGGAUGACAGACUUGUCACCAUGCAGAUCUGGGACACUGCAGGGCAGGAGAGGUUCCAGUCUCUGGGUGUAGCGUUCUACCGCGGGGCAGACUGCUGUGUGCUGGUGUUUGACGUGACUGCCCCCAACACCUUUAAGACGCUAGACAGCUGGAGGGACGAGUUCCUUAUACAGGCCAGCCCCCGAGAUCCCGAGAACUUCCCCUUUGUGGUGCUAGGCAACAAGAUUGACUUGGAGAACAGACAGGUGACGACCAAACGAGCACAGGCGUGGUGUCAGAGCAAGAACAACAUCCCCUACUUCGAGACCAGCGCUAAGGAGGCCAUCAACGUUGAACAGGCUUUCCAGACUAUCGCACGCAAUGCUCUUAAACAGGAGACAGAGGUAGAGUUGUACAAUGAGUUUCCUGAACCGAUAAAGCUGGACAGGAACGAACGGGCCAAGCCAUCAGCGGAGGCCUGCAGCUGCUGAGGACCUAGGAGACCUACAGGGGACAGACCUACAGGGGACAACUGUUUGCCCUGCUACUCUGUCUUGCCUUGUCUACCCUUUAUCCUCCAUGCCCCUGUGUGCUCUCCUCUGCCCAAUAUCAUCACUGGCCUUCGUAGAUGCAAGCAGAGUUCCGCUCGUAAAUUAUACUUUACACACACACACUGGACUCAUCCCUGUGUACACAUCACACAUUUACUCUCAAGAUGAGUCUCCAAGCCCAAAGAACACCCAGAUGGAUAUUAGAGCAUUUAACAGCAUAUCUGCUUAUUAUUUCCUCUAACCUGUCUCAAACACCUUUUUACAUGCCAUUGUUUCCAUGGCACCAGCCUCAUAACAUUUUAUAAGGGGGGUUAGAUGUAGUUCACUCCCAAAGUUCCAGUGGUGAAGGAUCAGAUUGAGUAAUUUAUAUCAAUGGUGUGUGGGGGUUAUACCAAUGUACUGCCUAAAGAUACAUGUGUUAAUUUGAUUGGAUGUAAACUAGCAAAUCCAACAUACAGCAUUUUUUGCACUUUGUUGUCAUGUAGGCUUAUUCAAACCCUAUUUGACACCUUAUUUUGGAGCCACAAUAAACACUUUUUAAUUAUUUUUUUUAGCUCAAGGCAGAAGAGGCAAUAUGGAUUUUAACUCUACUCCCCAACUUCCAUGAUGUCCUCAACUGCCCUACACAUUGUUUCUCAAUGGGGGAAAAGUCAAGCGGAAAAUUAUUUUGUCAACAUUGAGACCUGACACGGGGUAGAGAAUCAAACCAAGGGAGAUAUAUUUUCAGAAUAGAAAUCUCUUUACUAUUAUUAGCUAGUACCUGUCUUCUUUUUACGCUGUCAACUAUUACAAACCUUUGUCAAUCGUUUAAGGCAAGAAAACCUGUCUCGUCAGUUUCUCUCUCUGCCGAUAGCUCAGGUUGGCAAAUAAUUUAAGUGCUUGAUUUUUACUCUUUUUUUUACUGAUCAGAUCUUUUGUCUGUUCGCAUAUUAUGUUUAGAAUUUGAAUUGCAUCAGAGGACAUAUGGGGGAAAUGUGUUAGCUUUAAUCAAGUUAAUGAAAUGAUAAAUGCACUUAAUCUACAUUGUUUGAAAAUGUCUUUGGGUUUCAGGUAGUAAUAAUGGUUAUUGAAUAAAGAAUCUGUGUGUGUUAGUGCAAGUAGAACAGGUAGUUAAAGCACAGUAGGUUACUAUCAUGGCUCUCAUACACACAGCUGUUGAAAGACAGUUUACUCAAAUCUAUAGGAUACUCUUAGAAUACAUUGAAAUGUGUAAUUUUGCAUGGGGGCACUCACUUGGUAUUUGUAUUCAGUCUACUACUUGUACUGAAAUAUAAAAAUUGGUCACUUGUGAAAGUUGACAGAACACGGGACCAUCGAAAUCUGUCAAACGUUUAAUUACGUUUGACAGAUUACACGUAAAAAUAAUCAAACCAUUUGCGCUCUUCCACCUCAAGACAAUAAGACAUACAUUCUUCAGUCUGUUCCCAUCUCUUUUCAAAGUCAGUCAAUGUUUGUCCCAACCACUCAGUUGGUCCUGGGUUUCUUACUGGGUCCUUGCAGCCACUGUUGGAGAGGCCCUGCAGUCUUCGGCUGCUUCUCAGGCCUGGUUUCUCCUGUGUGGCCCUCCUGUUUGACUUCCCCAGUGUCUGGCUCUUUCCUCUUGGAGGGUGUGCUGCUCUUUAGCCAGCCCAUCAUCAUCUUACUGCCAGCUGAGGGCUUGAGCUCCUGUGGAAGGAAGUAUAUAUGAUGAGGGGAGGCAGGGAGGAAAGUGUAGUAUGGUAUGGAGCCCAUUAUGUAUUUUUACUCUUCAACAUUUUAAAUCUAGAUAUGUUAAGUGUUUAGAAAGGUUGUCCCAGAUCAAUGAUCAGGAGCUAUUCAAUGAUUGGAACGCAUCAGACAUCUCAAAUAUGGGUAUGUAGCUCAGUGAAGUCAUGCAGUUAUACUUUCUUAGCCUGAGGAUCCACUGGCAGCAGGCACUCUUGUUUUUGAGAGUUGUUGACCAGUGAAGAGACUGGGUGAUAGGUCAGUUUGUUUUUGGACUGAUGCAGUUUUAGGGCAUCUAAUGACUUCUCCUCAACAAAAUCCAGCCAUCUUCUGACCUCUGUCGAGAAUCGCUGGCAUCCUGCAACACAAGCAAAAUCAUUGGUGAUUCUACCUCAUACCAACUUUCAUAUAUAAAGAACAUACUUUACUCAAGAAGAGAGUAAUGUUUUAAACAGACCCAUACCGGUCAUGGAUGCCUUGAUGAUAGGGGAUGUACCCAGAGUGAUCACAGUGUAGGUCUAGAGGGGAUCUCCACUAUGGGGACUCCAUCAGUCAAACAGUCCUGCAAUGGUCAGCAACAGCCAUCCUCUCCACUCACAGACUCCUUUGUCCUACAUAAGACAGAAAUACAUCAAAUCGGUCAAAAGGCAAAGUUUACAUUAUUUCAUUACUACAGACAAACAGAAGGAUCACAAAAUGGGUCAGGAUGGAGUCAGUGGGAGAGUGCUAAAGUAUUUUUGAGAAGAAAAGGGAAGAUGGGAGACCUCAUCAGUGAAAUCAGACUCAAUCAUCUUAUUCUGAAUGUUAGUUUUCUUAGUGAUGAAAGGUGCAUGUGUGGCUAGGCUCACCUCUUCCAGGUCUACAGAGCCUUCUUCAGACUCAUGCAUGUCUGUAUCCUCCUUAUAGGGUGUCCGCUCAUCCUGGUCCUCUGUUUUCACGUGAGUGGGUCCUUGAGUCUGGGGGAAAUAGAUGAAGGGCUGCUUGUCUUUCUCCUGCUUCCAUUCAUAAAAGUCGUCAGCCAAGAUGAAACGGCGCUGUCCUUUCAGCAGCGGAUCCUGAAUGAAGUGGUACACUAACAUUCAUGCAUGCUGUCCCAGUUGAUGAGUUAUGUGGAUUUCAUGUGAAGAUGAAUCCAACUCACUGCACCUUGUAGGACUUCUUUAGGCGGCUCCUGCUGCAACAGUUGUUGGUGCUGUACUGCAUCUCGCUUGGGUCAUUGCUGCCAGCAUCCACUCUACAAUCAUCGCGAAUUGAAUUGUGGGGCGUUUCAGGCCUGAAGUGAAAAUAAUUGUACACUCGUAAACUCGAUCAGAAAGAAGGGCUGAGGGGCUUACAUUGCGAAUAAUCCUUGUUUGGCUAAUCGUUUGGACCAACGUCCAAAAUGGUGACGGGGAUUAGCCCAAGGAUAUAAAGCGAGGGUAAGUGAACGAGGGUGUCUUUUUUUCUUCUUCAACCAGUCAGAAUUUGGGUUUAAUACUUUUUAUGAAAAAGUUUGAUCUUACUGAUACAUGGAGAAAGGGUUCUGGCCGGCAGAUUGUUCACUUGGAGUAACAAAACAGGUUCCAGACAAUCCAGAAUAGAUUUUUGGCUUAUAUCCAAAUGUAUUGAUAGUGAGUGUGUUACUACACAUAUUUGUACUAUUCCCCUCACAGACCAUAGGGCUAUUUACAUUGAUAUCAAAAUAUUUACCCCUGAUACGAACCUUGGUAGAGCAUCCUACUGGAAGCUAAAUAGCUCAUUAUUAAAUAAUCAUGUAGUUAAGUUUGAGGUUAAAGAUCUGCUCUCACACUUUUGGGUUGGGCUUGUGAAUAAAAUCUUAUUGCAAGAACUGGGAGCUCUUUAAAUUUGAAGUGUCCAAAUACCUUAGAAAAUAUGGUAGUAAUCUUGCUAAGACCAGAAGAGCUGAGGAGGAAAAGGUGCUCAUUAAGAUAACUUCCCUUUCUCAGAGGUCCCCUGCCGGCCUCUCGGGGGAGGAGAAGAUGGAACUGAGUGAGUUACAAAAUAAACUAGAUAAUAUAGAAACUAUAUAAAUAAACUGGAUAAUAUAUAUAGAUGAAAUAAACUGGAUGAUAUAUAUAGAUGAAAUAAACUGGAUGAUAUAUAUAGAUUAAAUAAACUGGAUAAUAUAUAGAGAUUAAAUAAACUGGAUAAUAUAUAGAGAUUAAAAGUAGAAGGAGCCUUUAUUAGAUCAGGAAAAAAUGGAUUGAGGAGGGAUCCUAUUUCUUUAGACUUGAGAAAUGUCACUCUACAAAUAACACUAUCCAUAAAUUAAACAUUGAUGGUGUUAUUACAGAUGACCUAAAAUUAGAAUGGCUAAAUACUGUAUACAUUUUUACAGAAAAUUGUAUAGCUCUACGUACUGUCAGGAAUCCACAGAUAUGUUUUUUAACCUACUGAAUAAUGUUCCCUCUAUCAGUGAUAUAGAUCCUAAACAGUGUGAUGAACCCAUCAAAGUUGAAGAGAUUAGAGUAUAUCAAACAUCUAAAGAACAAUAAAUCACCAGGUGUUGAUGGAAAUACAUCUGAAUUUUACAACUUAUUUUCUGAACAAGUAGCUCCCUUCCUAUUUGAAGUAUUUUUUUAGAGAGUAUUAAAAACAAUGUUCUCCCUCCUACAAUGAGUCAGGGGUUAAUAACACUGAUACCUGUAAGCCUAAAAAAGAAGUGCUGCUCAUCGAUAACUGGCGUCCAAUUUGUCUUCUUAAUAAUGACUAUAAGAUAUUAGCCUUACUACUUGCAAAAAUAAUUAAAGAAGUCCUGGAUGCAAUCAUUGAUGAAACAGUCUGGCUUCAUGAGGAACAGACAUAUUUCUAACAAUGUCAGACUAGUAUUAGACAUACUUGACUACUCAGACCUAAUAACUGAGGAUAGCUUCAUAUUAUUUCUAGAUUUUUAUAAAGCAUUUGACACAGUAGAGCAUCAGUUUCUCUUCCACUCCCUUGAGAGACUUGACUUUUGGGAUUUUUUCUAUAAGGCUAUUAAGAUUCUUUAUGCAAAUGGUAACCGCUCUAUCAAAUUGAAAUAUGGCACCUCACCUAGAUUUGAGUUAAAGAGAGGAAUUGUGUGACACCUUCAUAUUAUGGAAUUCCAGUAAAAGAAGAACUUACAUAUUUAGGCAUAACCAUUACAAAGGAUCAGAAGUCUAGAGGCUUACUAAAUUUUAACCCUCUUAUUAAAAAACCCCAGAAGAAGCUAAAUCAAUGGCUACAGAGUGAUUUAUCUUUAAAAGGUAGAGUCCUAAUAACCAAGGCCGAAGGUAUCUCUAGACUAACAUACGGUGCUCUAUCUUUAUAUCUUGACAGUAAAAUAAGCAAGGAGAUAGACCAGAUGCUUUUCAACUUUCUGUGGAGAAACCGUACCCAUUACAUUAGGAAAACUGUUGUAAUGAACACUUAUGAGAAUGGUGGACUGAAUUUUCUGGACUUUACUACUUUAAGUAAUACUUUUAAGAUCUAUUGGAUAAAACAAUUCCUAAGAAGACCCACUUCUAUCUGGAAUUUUAUUCCUCAUCAUGUCUUCUCUACUUUUGGUGGCCUUAACUUCAUAUUGUUUUGAAAUUAUAAUAUUGACAAAGUUCCAGUGAAACUUUCUGCUUUUCAUCUGCAGGUUUUCUUGUCAUUGUCCUUCAUUUAUAAACACAUUUUUUUCUCCACACAGAUAUUACGUAUGGAAUAAUCGGGAAAUAUUGUAUAAAAAUACCUCUUUGUUUUUAGAAUAUUGGUUCCGAAAUAAUAUCCUAUUGGUGAGCCAACUGGUAAACGCAGAGGGUCUUUUACUCAGUUAUAAGGAAUUCUUAUCACUUUACAAGGUUCCUGUAACACCUAAAGAUUUUGCAAUUGUUUUAGGUGCCAUUCCCUCAGGUGUUGCUCUGUUAUUCAGGAACGUGUCAAGACCUGACCCUCAGAACCUACUACUCAUCAGUAGUAUAAGGAAGUGCUAUUUCUUAUGCAAAUGACCAGCUUACUGCUAUUACAUUGCUAUAACUGAGACAACGUAUUUUCACAGUGAAACAUGUUAGGUCCCAUACAGGAUAGCUUCCACACCCACACACACAGCACACACACAUACACACUAACUGCCGAGGACACACAGAUAAGACAUACACCCACACAUUGGGAGGAAGAGACACAGCCUUGACUUGCAGACACAAGCACACACACACAAUCUCCUUCCUAGCCGAACAUUGUGUGACUGAGAACGACAUGACGAGACCCGGAGGAACGACGGACGGCUCAACAGGACCAAUCCAAGAAGACAACACCUCAACUGUGGCCAACCAAAAGACCGGAACUUCCAGACUCAACCCACUUUCUGUGCUGUACAUAACAUGCUUGCAAUCUGUUAUCGGGGCUUCUUUCUGCUGGUUCCUUGUGAGCCAAAUGAAUGAGCCCGUAUACGUUGUACCAGAUAUCUUUACUCUGAAUAAACUGUCGCUUGUCAUACAAUUUA